GCGUGUGUAACGGACUCUAUGGGGAGGCCUCCCCAGCUCGAGCGAGCGCGGCGGCCCCCGGCAGCCAGGUGAUGCAGAAAUGAUGGAGACUUUAGAAGAAGAAAACUUCGGUGUGUCCAUCUCCUCUCCUUCAGAUGCAGAAUUUGAUGCGGUUGUUGGGUAUUUAGAAGAUAUUAUAAUGGAUGACGAUUUCCAGUUAAUACAAAGAAGCUUUAUGGAUAAACACUACCGGGAAUUUGAAGAUACAGAAGAAAACAAGCUCAUCUACACUUCUAUUUUUAAUGAAUAUAUCUGCUUAGUAGAGAAAUACAUAGAAGAAAAACUACUUGACAGGAUUCCUGGUUUUAAUAUGGCUGCUUUCACCGUGUCAUUACAACAGCACAAAGACGAGAUGGCAGGUGAUAUAUUUGACAUGCUUCUCACAUUUACUGAUUUUCUGGCAUUCAAAGAAAUGUUCUUGGAUUACAGAGCUGAAAAAGAAGGUCGAGGUCUGGAUUUAAGCAGCGGGUUAGUGGUGACAUCUUUAAGCAAGUCCUCAAUAUCUUCUUCUCAGAACAGUUUACGACGCUAGUUCACAGCUGCCGCUGAGUGCUGCUUCUUUCAUUUGGACAUUCCAAACACUAUGGGCAGUGGAGGAUUACAGUGGUAAUGGAAGCUGAUUGCCUCACUACAUCUCACUAGGCCUGAUCCUCUAAACUGCUCUUGUGAAUUACUGUUCGCAUUGAGUGAUCAUAAAAGAAAAUAACUCCAGCCCUUCCAGAAUAACUGAUUUCAAUACACUGAUAAGAUAUACGCACCAACCAAUUUGGACUCUGGACUAAGGAGUUCACUAAAUGGGACUGUAUAUGUGUUUCCUAUUGGUUAAAAUUACAACCCAGAUAUGUCACUCUCCAGAAAUGUAAACUCAAAGAAAAAAAACCACAAGACUGUAAUAACAUGGAUGAUCAUUUAACCUUUUCUGGGUAGGAUGGUUACAGCUCCACCACCUCUGA